GGAGAUUCCGGUUCCGGGUUUUACCUCGUCGCUCUCGGAGGCGCUCGCUCGACUGAUAUGUUAUUUUAUCCCAAACCUCACACGAUUGUCGAGAGGUCCAAGUAAGGUUUUAAAGCAAACCAAGUGCCGCUCCCGCCGCGAACAUGACGACCCGUUCGGAGAGAGAAAAGGCCCAGAAGCUGAACGAGCAGCACCAGGCCAUCCUGUCCAAAAUGCUGCGAGAAGACGACAACAAGUACUGCGCCGACUGCGAGGCGAAAGGUCCAAGAUGGGCAUCCUGGAAUCUGGGAGUAUUUAUCUGCAUUCGGUGUGCUGGCAUCCACAGGAACCUCGGAGUUCACAUAUCUAGAGUCAAGUCUGUCAAUCUGGAUCAGUGGACCUCAGAUCAAAUCCAGAGCAUACAGGACAUGGGCAACACCAGAGCCAGACAGCUUUACGAGGCCAACCUUCCGGAAAGCUUCAGAAGACCUCAGACAGACCAAGCUGUUGAAUUCUUCAUCAGGGAUAAAUAUGAGAAGAAGAAAUACUACAGCAGGAACAUGACCAACGGCGGAAGUCCUAAAGACAAUAAGAAAGAGAAGGAGCCUGAUCGAGUGAGCAAGGUUUCAUCUUACACCAAGAGCGAGGAGUCAAGGCCAGUCCCCAAAAUUAGCCCAGCAAAGACCACAGAGCCCUCUGUGAACCUACUAGGACUUGAUGUACCAGCAGCUGCAGCGACGACUAACAAUGGUAGCAUGAGCACAAGCCAGAGCAACAAUGACCUGGAUAUAUUCGGACCAAUGGUUUCCAACCCACUUCCUGCAUCCACACCAGCAACUCAGUUCUCUCAGGUGAGUUCCAGUAGUGCGGCAAGUACACCGACACAAGCUCCAGCCGCCGCAGCAGCAGCACCGCCCGUCAGUUCUGGAUCAGGACCCGGGGAGCUAGACUUGUUCAGUGAAGGCAGCAGCGCAGCUAAAACAGAUGACAGUGCGAAGAAACCGUUGUCCAAGGACUCCAUCCUCUCUCUGUAUGGGACCAGCAGCAUGUCGCAGCAGGCUCCUGCUGCGGGCAUGUUCAUGGGUCCAGCUCAGAUGCAGUUUCCAGUCCAGGCGGCGGCCGGUUACCAGGCCUUCCCAGGCAUGGGAGCAGCCAUGCCCCCUACGACGGUCAUGGGAGCCAUGAUGGCUCAGAGCGGCGCCGCCGCCAUGAUGGGGCCGAGUCCCGGGAUGAUGGUGGGAAUGACGAUGCCCAACGGCUUCAUGGGAAACGCACCUGCUGGCGGCAUGAUGGGAAUGGCUCCGAGAAUGAUGGCUCCUCAGGGUGGCGCUAUGCCCUCAGGCAUGGUCCCGGCGCAGGGAAUGUAUGCCAUUCAGCCGGGCCAGCAAGCUCAGUGGAACAUGGGUCAGGUGAACCAGCAAAUGUCAGGUCUGGCUCUGAACGGCGCGGGCGGUCAGAUGGCCUUCGCUCAGCCCCCGACAGCGAUGGGCGGGUGGGCAGCCCCAGGGUCCGGGCAGACGUUGAGCACACAGCUGUGGAAGUGAGAACUCUGGAAGAGGAGGAGUGGAGGAAGCAGAAAGUGCAUUAUACAUAUAUCCCGUGCUGCUCGGCACUUCAAAAUGGUGUCCAUCUUCAUCAUGGAUCAGCCUUCAGACCAUGACAAUUGUAUCUGUUUCCCCUUUCUAUCUCUCUCUCUCUCUCUUCUUCUUCUCUCAAACGUGUGAGUGAGUUGGGAGUGGAGGAACUCGGCAGGAUAUAGGCUUUUUUUUUUUCAACUGUUAUUUUCCUAUUUUGGAAAGAUUACAGAGGAGUGAACAGUCCCAACACAAACGAGAUUGACAUAUCGGGGGAACAGCUGCAGGACCAGUUACACAAGCUUUUAUUGUACCACUGUAUCAUGAUAAAGUUAUAGUACAUUUAAGAAGAAUUGUAUUUAAAGGGAGGGAACACGACAAUCACGUCUCUGUUCGGCUCCGAGAUGUACAGCGCUGUAUAACCUUCUUUUAAAGUCCUUGUGGUUCCUCUAAU